GCCCCGGCCCCGGGCAGACGCAGUGCCCCUUCCUCCACGCCGCAAGUUUUCGCCCUGUGUUUCACCGUGAGCGAGAGCAUGAGGCCCCUCCCUGCACUCGUCGUGUGUUUGGCCACCGUCUUUAGCAGCGUGAGUUCUCUGUCUUGCCUACCUUGUCGUGAGGUCACCUGUGAGAUGCCAGCUAUAGUCAAUUACUGCUCAUGGGGCCUGGUGCUGGACAUGUGUGGCUGCUGCUACGUGUGUGGCAAGGGACCGGGAGAGACGUGCGGCGGGCAGUGGGCGUGGCACGGGCGUUGUGGACGUGGUUUGGACUGCCGUCACGCCACCGGGAGCAGCAAACCCAGCAGGGGUGGGGGCAACGCGCUUGCCCUACUGGCCAUGGAUGAGCCUGCCCGCUGCCACCACAGGAACGACACCGUGGCCGACAAGAUCAACACCUUCUUCUCCUGGAUCUCCUCUCUCUUCCAGAACGCUCUCACGGACGACUAGAUCAGCCCGCCCUUUUAUCAACUCUAGUUAACAGGCAGGCCCGUCGUCCACUAAUCCGCGGCUUUAUGCGCUUAUUGAGAUUCGUCGAAAACUAAAUCACGAGACAACAUUUCAAGAAAUUACUAAGUGUGGGGUGCUGGGGCAGGGGCAGGCAUCAAGGUUUAUUUUCAGAAAUCGUUCAGUCUUCUCGGUUGCGCUCCUCUACUGUGGUGAUGGUGUUUGAGCAGGUCGUGGUGAUCCCCAGUUGUCUGUUUCACUUGUAUUUUCGGUUUUGUCCAUUAUUUUAUAUAGUGAUUGAUGGGGAGGCGUAGAGUAUGAGGGGGUUUAAUAACAAAUUAUCAAGGGUUAGAAUUUAAAUCAAUUACCUCAACUGCCCUUGCGUACGACCCCACUGGCUGCAGCAGGAACUGGUUCGGGCAAUUGUCCAGCUCCUACUAAAAUUAGGAAUAUAUGAAAUUAUUUUGUACACGCAUCUACAGUUUUAACACCUUGAUUUAACCAAUUAAUCCCCCAAAAAUAACUCCACUGUUUUUAAUUCCCUGGGUGGGGGGAAGUGCCUGCCCCAGACCACUCACCGAUUGCCUGAGGUCUGUGGCCAUCGGUAGCGCCCCUCACCUGCGGCGCUCGGAACAUUGUUUUUUUGUUCUUACGCCAUUAGCAGCCCUCUUAUUACCGUGACACCUUUAUGCUGUAACACCUUUAAACCCUAAUAUCAUAACACCUAUAUACUUUUAGCACCAUAACAUAUUCGUAUCCUUGUAAUCGAAUACAUUUAUAAAACUUUGAGCCUUAGUCCUGCAAAAUAUUUGUAUUUGAACUACUAAUAGUUUAGUACCUUUGGACUGUAAACAUGUGUACCUUAGGGCUUAGGACCUCUGUAGUCUAACUCAUGUGUACCUUAGGGCUUAAGACCUUUGUAGUCUAACUCUUGUGUACCAUAGGACUUACCACACAUCUGUACCUUAGUACUGAAACAUUUGUACCUAAGUAUUAUAACAAUUGUACCUUAAUACCGACAGAUA